AGGGGGGUUACAAUUAUGAGAAAUGCCUAGUUAGUAGUUACUCACCAUGAGUUACUAUAGUAGUAAAUCACAUGACAUUUUUUAAAUAAAUAGAAAAUUUUACACCAACUCUAGUACUCUACCCUCUGAAUUGCACAUAAAUUCCCAACUUUACCUCCGAGUUUACCUCCAUUGCCUAAAAGAAAACAAAAACAUAAUUCCCUCUUAUUUACCCCAAAAAAACCUCACUCAGACUUCGCGUUUUCGCUCAACACUACACUCUCUCACUCUAAACCCCUAAUUUCCGUUUCUUCUCCUUUGUCCGACGACUAUCAAACGCCUACAACAACAACAACGAUAACAACGUGCAGUCAAAGGUUUGAAGUUGAGUUGCUCAUUCUUUUUAUUCACCUUUUUUUUAGUUAUGGAAUUUGAUAUUUUUCGUGAUAUACAAUCUUCCUCAACAAGACCCACUUUUGAUUGUUGUUCUGCAUUUCAAAUUUCAUCACCAUAUAAGAAAAGGAAGACAAUUUGGGGUGUGUUAAAUAAUGGGGUUUUACCAGUUUUACGAUGUUCUGAUUAUUAUACUGAGCCUUCAAUGAAGGAAUUAGCUGCAUUAGAGGGGAUUAAACCUGGGUAUUGUAGCAAAAUUAGGGAUUUUGUUGUUGGGAGAACUGGGUUUGGGAGUGUGAUGUUUUUGGGGGAAACUGAUGUGAGAGGUUUGGAUUUGGCUGAGAUUGUUAAGUUUAAUAGGAAUGAGAUUGUUGUUUAUGAGGAUGAGAGUAUUAAGCCUGAUGUUGGGGAAGGUUUGAAUAAGCCUGCUGUGGUUAGUUUGAUACUCAAGUUUGGAAAAUCGGGUGUCGAUGGUGGGAGCUUUUGUGGGGUUGUUGAUAGGUUGAGAGAGAGCUCGGUUAAGCAGGGCGCGGAGUUUAUGUCGUAUGAUCCAUUGAGUGGGGAAUGGAAAUUUAGGGUUCGGCAUUUUAGCCGAUUUGGGCUGAGUUUGGAUGAUGAGGAUGAUAUUGUGAUGGAUGAUGCGGAUGAUGAGCCGGGUCAUGAUCAUGUUGAGAUGGAUGACGAUGUUGGUGUAGGUGUAGGUGGUGGUGGUGAGGAUGAGGGUUUAAAUAGUAAUGGGUUUGAUAUUGGCCAGAAUGAAUAUGAGCUUUCUCAUUCGCUUCCUGCUCAUCUAGGGCUUGAUCCCGCUAGAAUGAGAGAGAUGAAAAUGUUGAUGUUUUCGGGUGAUGGUGAUGAGGAUGAAAGUUAUGAUGAUUAUCCGUCGCAUGAGAAACAAUCGAGUCAGCGAGAUAAGUUUCCAUUAUACAAUUCAGGAUUAAAGGUGAAUUUUAAACCAAGUCCUCCGCCACCCAGGAAGACUCCAGUGCCUUUGCUUGAGUACAAGUCUAAUGGUUUUGAUGUAAAUGCUCCUGGGACUCUUCUAUUAGCACAACAAACUAGAUCACCAUUGAGGGUCGUUAAACCGGAAGGUUUCAAAUUGGACCCCGAGCAAGAAACACCUGUAUCUGGUUAUCAUUCACGAAAUAUAGUUGAUGCUGGGUUGUUUAUGGGCCGAUCAUUUCGUGUUGGAUGGGGACCGAAUGGUGUCCUUAUUCAUAGUGGUGUGCCUGUCUGUAGUAAUGAUCGUCAAGGAGUAUUGUCUUCAGUAAUAACUCUUGAAAAGGUUGCAAUCGACAAGGUCACUAGAGAUGAAUCAAAUGAAGUGAAAAAGGAAGCUGUUGAUCAACUAUUUCAGUCACCCUUAGAAUUACACAAAUCGUUGAAUCAUAGGUUUCUUGAAGUUGAAGUUGGUCCCUUUAAUUUAAGCCUUCAAAAAGUUGUAUGCGAUCGUUUUUCUCUGUCAGAUAUCUGUCGUAACUAUAUAGAGGUAGUCGAGAAGCAACUUGACGUUCCUGGUAUGUCACCAUCUGUUCGUCAGUCUUUGAUGCACCAAGUGAUUGUAUGGGAGCUGAUUAAGGUUCUUUUCUCUGAAAGGGAGGCUAGUGGAAAGGCCGUGUAUGGUAUAGAGGACAAUGGCGAAGAUAUGAUGCUGGAUGGGAAAGCUGCUCGCCCAGAAGUUGACCCUGAAGCACUCCCUCUGAUGCGGAGGGCGGAGUUUAGUUAUUGGCUACAAGAUAGUGUGUACCAUCGGGUACAAGAAGAUAUGAGCUGCUUGAGUGAGGGUGAUGAUUUACAACAGAUCUUUCUUUACCUGACUGGAAGACAGUUAGAUGAUGCUGUAGAAUUGGCUGCUUCUAGGAGGGAUGUGAGGCUGGCCUGUUUAUUAGGGGAGGCUGGUGGGUCUAUGGUGAAUCGUUCCGAUGUAGCUCAGCAGUUGGAGCUAUGGAGAGACAAUGGCAUGGACUUUAACUUCAUUGAGAAGGAUAGGAUACAACUUUAUGAAUUGCUUUCGGGUAACAUUCAUAGUGCUUUGGCUAAUAAAAGCAUUGACUGGAAAAGGUUUUUGGGGUUGUUGAUGUGGUAUGAAUUACCACCCGGCACUGCCUUGCCUGCUGUUUUUCACACUUACCAACAUCUCCUUACUGAAGGAAAGGCUCCAUAUCCUGUUCCAGCUUAUAUUGAUGAGGGACCAAUUGAGGAGACUGUUCAAGUUGCGACAGAGGGACGGUAUGACCUUGCUUAUUAUCUGAUGUUGCUUCAUGCUAGUGACAAUGGUAAUUUUGCUGGCCUGAAAUCUAUGUUCAGUGCUUUUGCAUCAACUAACGAUCCACUUGACCACCAUAUGAUCUGGCAUCAACAUGGAAUUCUUGAAGCAAUUGGUGCCUUCAGUUCUAGUGAUCUUUAUAUUCUUGACAUGGCAUAUGUUUCUCAGCUAUUGUGUCUAGGGAAAUGCCACUGGGCCAUCUAUGUCGUCCUACACAUGCCCUUUUGUGAAGCCUUUCCUUAUCUACACUCCACAGUUAUUCAGGAAAUCUUGUUCCAGUAUUGUGAAACCUGGAGUUCUCAAGAAGAGCAGCGCAAAUUCAUAGAAGAAAUGGGUGUUCCAUCACAAUGGUUGCAUGAGGCUUUGGCUGUAUAUUUUCAAUAUUAUGGUGAUCUUUCUAAGGCUCUAGAGCACUACAUAAAAUGUUCCAGUUGGCAAAAGGCUCAUACAAUCUUCAUAACAUCAGUUGUUCAUUCUUUAUUCUUGUCAGCCAAAGACUCAGAGAUUUGGAGGUUGGCAACGUCAAUGGAGGAUUAUAAGUCAGAGAUAGAAGACUGGGACUUGGGAGCUGGAAUCUAUAUCUCAUUUUAUCUGUUGAGGAGCUCUCUUCAUGGUGAUCAAGAUGAUAUAAACAAAUUGGAUUCUCUUGAGAGUAAAGAAGCAGCUUGUAGGGAGUUCUUCAAUUGCUUAAAUAAGUCUCUAGAAGUAUUGGGAAUCAGACUACCCACAGACGCAAGAGUGGCCUACUCAAAGAUGUCAGAAGAGAUCAGCAAAUUGCUUGUAUCUGACGGUGGAGAAGAUUCAAGACGUGAAACUCAGUUGACCUGCUUUGACACCAUAGCUGCUGCUCCAAUCCCUGAAGAUCAUCGCUCUUGUCAUUUACAGGAGGCAGUGUUACUUUUCACUACUUUUCUUUCAGAGACAGCCACAUAACCUUUCUUCUGGCCAGAUAUUGACUAAUGAAUGAGUGGAUGCAUUUCAAUCUCAAUUGUAAACUUCCGAUAGAACUGUUCCACCGAUGUGCCAUAUCAGCUGAUCCUUUUCAAGCAGCAUGCAACAAGUGUAAAAAAUUAUGGCAGAAAGUAUGCAGCAACCUUUGGUAUGGUGCUUUAUGGCAGGUCAUUGUGGGUUUAUAAUCAAUAUUUACCUGGUUCUUAAAUUAUGACUCUCCUAGUCUCCUGAUGAUGCUACUAGCAAUGUACCUGCUCAUGGUGGAUUAGCAUCUGUCUAUGACUCUGAUUAUGUCAUGUGGUCAUGUGGAUACUGCCAUACUGGGAGUGCUGCUAAAGCGGAUAUCCAAGUCAGGUUUGUGGUUGGUCAAGUUUGUGUCUGGUCAUGCAGGUUUAAUUCAUGUUCGGUAGAAGUAGUUUGGUUAGUCAGUCAUCUUGGGUUGGGUUAGUUUUUUUGUCAGCCCUAGUAAAAUGUUGUCAUAUGUUCAAGGUUUAGUGGAUCCUGCUAACUUCACAUAAUAGUGCUAGAAUUGCAGGUCUUUUAUUAUAUUGCAGAUACACGGAUAUUCAUUAAUAUUUUUUGUGCAAUUUUGAGUUUUGUAAUUGACUGAUGAAUUUUUAA